CCGGUGGGCCAGGGGGCAGGGCCACCGCCACACCGACUCUGUGCGGCUCGAGUGGAAGGACACACACCGCCGAAAACACAGCUCGGCCGGAUGCAGCGUUGAGCAGAGCCACCGGCUUCGACUGGGCGACUUUGACUGCUUCUCACAGGGAAUACGACUUUUUUCUCCCGCACCUCUGAAGCAGUUUCUCUCGGCUGACUUGGAGCGACAUCCACAGCAGAGCCAGGAUGUCGGAGUUUUCCGUGAAUGACCACCUCGAAGGGAUAUUAUCAGAUUUUGAAGCACUGAAGCGAUCCUUUGACAUUGAAGAUGUGGAUGAUCUCCCGGCUUCCCCUGUCUCCUCCCCCAUCUCUCCCUCCUCCUCUCACCUCUUUCUUAACCACAACAAAGCCGGCGAGGGACGAGGAGGAGGAGGAGGUGUCCAGUCCCCUUCAGCAACCUUCAACAACAACAACAACAACCUGGGAUCUGCAGCCUACCACUCCCGAAUCAGCUUGAGUUCAAACCCCAGCCCAGUGCUCAAGUCUCGCACAGUUGUCAGCAGUCUGUCCUUCAACCGAGGCACCAUGAACAAGCCAGCCAUCAACAACAAUGGCACCUCGGUGACACGAGCCGCAUCUUUCCAGAACAGAUUCAACCCCAAUGGUUACUUCUCGUCCACACUGUCGGGGCCUGGCAGCGACAACGACAGCCUUCACAGCUCUUCAUCCAGCCUGGAAUACUCUGGAGGGGGUGGAGGGGUACUCUCUCCGACCAAGCUUGGGUCUUAUCCCAGUCCCCCACCUCCAGGAGAAUACCACCACCCUCAGGCACAGCUCCAACAACAGCCAGGAAUGCAGCAGCAGCACUUCGGAGGACGGCUUGGCCUGGGAGGCAACCACUCCCUGAAAAAGUUCUCCUCCCAUGGAAGUGUCUUCCACUCUGAGGUGCAUGAAGGGCCAGGGAUCGUGCUGGGGGGGGUUCAAGAUCCCCGAGGGGUGAGCCAUGGCUCCAUGCCCAGCCUAGAUCUCCAGAUUGGGGAUGGAGGAGGCGGGAUCCAGAGAGGUGGAGGUGAGAUGUCCCCAGGAUUGAGGUAUGGCAGCGCCAACUGGAACGGGCGUCCUCAUAAUGCAGGUUCCUUUGGGGAGGAUGGCUACAUUGGCUCGAACAACCACAAUCACUGCCAGCAACAGGGGCCCCAGGUGCUCCAGGCCCCACAACCCAAGCCCAAAGAGACUCCACGUCUCAAUAAGUUUCCCCUGGAUCUGGACAGCUUGGUGAGCAGCGCCUCAACCAAUUCCAGCACCAAGCCUCAGGGAGGACUGGUGAGCCCAAACCCCCCCAAGCCUCCUCCACGGAGCACAGCAGGUUUCCACUACCCCAUCAGCCCGCCAUCAGCUUCAGCUAGUCCCUCAGCCUCCCUCAGUAGCCUGGACAGUGCCUCUGACACCCCGCCACUUUCCCUCCACCACCCGUGUUCACCCUUCUCCCCGCGCUCUCCAACUCCUUCCCAGGGCUCAGUGCCUGUCCCGGAGGUGAGCCGCUCCCCAGUGCCCCUUUCCCCAGCCCAGACUCCUCAGCUGGAGCUGCUCUCCAGACCCCAGGUGGUACAGAUGUCAUCUCCAUCUUCUGGCCCCUCAAGCCCUUCCAUCCCUAGACCUGCGGGGCCUCUGGAAGAUGCCACAGGUGAUGGUAAAGACAGUGUGGGCUCCAUCUUACAGAGGAUCGCCUCCUUCUCCCGGCCUGUCGAUGCUGACAUCACCCCGGCAACGGUGACUCCACCGCCUAGGGCCCUCAGCAAUGGUGGGGUAUCACCCCUCCUAGUACGUCCCACCGAGACGCCACCCAUGCCCACACCAAGACUGGGGAAGAUGAAACAGGAAGACACAGCUGGAGUGCUGGAGACAGAGUCGCGCGCCCCGAUGGAGGACAGAGAGGAGAAGGAGAGAGGCGUCAUGGCAGAGCAGCGAGGAGAGGAGGGCGAAAGCGAGGCCACUAAAGAAAACUCUACUAAAGGAAAGGAGGAGAACGGUGUGGACAUGAAGGCAGAGGAGGAGGAGGAGAAGCAGCAGAAGCAGCAGGAGGAGGAAGACGAGGAGGAGCGAGGGAUGAGCAAGCAGGUGGAGGUGACGAUGGAGGUGUCUGAGCGUGUGCCGGGCCUGACAGCCGGAGUCAUUCGGGGGGCCGACCUGUUCGGCUACGUGGGCAUCGAGGCCGUGCUGGACCAGAUGAGACGCAAGACCAUGAAGGCCGGCUUCGAGUUCAACAUCAUGGUUGUGGGUCAGAGCGGGUUGGGGAAGUCCACGUUGGUCAACACUCUGUUCAAGUCCAAAGUCAGCCGCAAGUCGUGCACCCCCAACUAUGAAGAGAAGAUCUCUAAAACAGUCAAACUGCAGUCGGUCAGCCACGUGAUUGAAGAGAAGGGGGUGAAGAUGAAGCUGACAGUGAUCGACACUCCAGGGUUUGGAGACCAGAUCAACAAUGAGAACUGCUGGGAGCCCAUAGUGAAGUAUGUCAAUGAGCAGUAUGAAAAAUACCUGAAAGAGGAGCUGCAUGUCAACCGGAAGAGGAGGAUUCCAGACACCCGAGUCCACUGCUGCAUCUACUUCCUUCCUGCCACCGGCCACUGGUUACGCCCCAUUGACAUUGAGUUCAUGAAGAGGUUGGGGAAGAUUGUGAGCAUUGUACCAGUUAUCGCCAAAGCUGAUACACUCACCAUUGAGGAGAGACUGGAGUUCAAGCAGAGGAUAAGGCAGGACCUGGCGGCCAAUGGGAUUCGUGUCUACCCCCAGAAAGAGUAUGAUGAGGAUGCAGAGGACCGCAUCGUCAAUGACAGGAUCAGGGAAAGCAUUCCCUUUGCGGUGGUGGGAACUGACAAGGAGCACCAAGUGAAUGGGAAUAAGGUGCUUGGCCGCAAAACAAAGUGGGGAAUCAUUGAAGUCGAAAAUGCAGCACACUGUGAGUUUGCCAACCUGAGAGAUCUCCUCAUCAGGUCUCACCUGCAGGACCUGAAAGACGUGACCCACAACAUCCACUAUGAGACUUACCGCGUACGACGGCUCAACGAGAGCAACAUGAACUUCAGUGAACUGGAACUUUCCAUCCGGCCGCUGGAGAACGGAAACGGCGACAAGAGCGAAUCAGAGAGCCACCUCUGAUCCCUGCGGCAGCCUCCCUGCUUCCUGGAUCUGCAAGUGGAAAGCCGACGCUCACUUGAGAGGGCAAAGAAACCUGUCCCACCCCCCCACCCCCCAUCAAAACACAGUGGAGAGAUGAUUUUUUUUUUUCCUUUUUGGGACCAACUAGUGGAUUGUUUUUAAAUGAGAAAUUCUAUUGAGUUUUUACGCAAGACAUUAUAAGAAAUGCAUUUAAGCAUCAAAUAUGGAUAUAUUUUUGAGAAUGAGCUCGUAUGUAUUUUCUGGAAGGAUGGCGACAUAUACAGGGCUGGGGCAUAAAAUGGCAUAGUGAGUGAGUGAGUAAUGGUAAGGCUGGGUGUCCCAACAGUGUCUAAGCGCUAUGGUCAUUCUCUAAGAGGUCAAGCACGACCAGAUAUGAUCCCACUGCUGAAACACUUAUGAGAAACCCAAACCUAGGUCUAUAGUAAGACAUACCAGAGAAACCCAGAGCUGCAUGUCGGAGGAAACCCUCUGUUUCUGAAUUUAUUGGACACUGAGGCGACUGUGUGACCAGGGAGAAACCAAAAUGGUCACAGCGAGCAAAGCAGGCAAAUUGCCUCUUUUCCCAUUUUAAGUAAACUCCCUCCAUACAGAAUAAGUAAACCUGCUUCUUUACCAAGCGCUGUUAGUUUCAACUAUAUACGUCUCUAAAAGGACUCAAUGAGCUUUUGAUUUUCCAAUUGCAACCUGCACCGUGGUGUGGCGAGACGCACAUGCGCUACCGUGCAGGUUCGGUUGAAGCUGAAUGCUUUGUAUCAAAAGAUGGCUGCCUUUUUCAUCAUGUAUUGUUACUGUUUUCUAAUGUAGAGUUUCAUAAUCAGUGUUUCAAAGAGAUAAUGACCCUCCUUGUCACACAUGUUGACCUGAGUCAUAGACCUUGUAUUACUGACCACAUGUCGGCUAUAUGAACUAUAAUGUAAUGGCCAAAUAGUAGGAUUCAGAGGACCUGCUUUUUUUGUACCUUUCACUGAGUCUCAACCUCUUUUUAGUUUUUCCUUCAUUAAUGACUCUUCAAAAACACAUUUGACAUAGACACACACACAUUAUUGUUGAUAUUACCACCUCUGUUAUUAUUUCAUCAUUCAUAUUUUAAAAGCAAAGCCACAGAAAUACUGUCAACUUCCAUGAAGUCCAAUCAGGUCAGUAUACUGUGCAUUCAUAAGUCUUGUGCUGGAUUAUAUAUCAAAGUUUCAUGUUUCCUCUGGCUUUCCUGCCUGCCAUCAUUAGUUAACAGACACACCGCCAUCUAGAGGACAGGAGAAGUAUUAACUGAUGGAUUACAUGACAGGCCUCUGUUCAUUUCCCAGUGCUUCCACCAGAUACCUUGACAUUUUGAGUUUUAGUCAUUCAAUCAUGUCUCUUCAUCCAGUAUUUGCUGCAAGGUAAUAGUUAAUAUGUUUGUCAUUCAGCUACUCUAAAAGCAUUAUUAAGCUUUUCCCAGGGAAACAGUCAGGGAUUUGAGUUUGUGACUUAACAAUCACAAACGUACUUCUUUAAGCUCUGUGAAAAGUGUUGGCAUUUUGCAUAAAAAGUAAUGGGCACCACAAUAUUUUGAAUUUGCAGGUUGCUAGUUAAGUGAUAUCAUAAGAGAAAGAGGACAGAGAUGCCCAAUUCAUCCAUGUGUCACCAGUAGAUUGCUGCCACAGGUGCUCCAUGCAAACACUUUCAGCAAAAUUGACCUUGAGUAGUGUUGGGUUGUAUUGCUGCCUGGAUGUUAUGUGAGUCCACAUGGUGCUGAAAUAUCAUCAUUAGUUGCUCUGUGCUCCUCUGGGCUGCUUGUGUAGAAUACUGUAUUUCUAUCUCUCCGUUUACUUCCAUAAUGCAGCAAAACACCUCCCAAAAUAACACUUUUAGGACUUAAACAAAAACAUGAACCAAGUGGAUUAUGCCAACAUAAUGUCCUGGUGCCCUUUUUGCCCUCAUGUAGUUGCCGGUCAUUUCUAGGUCAUUUCUUACUGGCAUAAAGCUAAAAAUGCAAGUUUCCUGAAGAUGCUACGUGCCUGAUCUACUUUCCAGUUCAAAUGGCAAAAUAAUAAGAAAAGAGCUGUUUCUUUUCCUCGACAAAUGAAUACAAGGACUUGUUAUCUUUUUAUAUUGGCAUAAUCUGAUUUGUUUGCAUUGUUAAAUGUGCUAACAGUGUAAUUCUGGCAGCUGUUUUGUUGUUUUAAUGUGGAAGUGAAUGGAGAAAUAGCAAUACGGGGAGCACAAAGCAACUAAUGAAGAUAUUCCACCACCAUGUGGAUUCAUAUAACACCCACGUUCAAUUUUGCUUUAUAAAGCAUACACAGUGUUCAGUGAUAGUAUGCUUUAUGCUAAUACCUUUGCAUACACUAUGUUUAUCGAAAUGUAAACAUGCUCGCGUACACUGUGUUCAGUAAUAGUGGGUCUUUUCCUAUUUUCCUUCAUAGUCUCCUGCUUUCUGAAUAGAGAGCAGAAAAUGCCUCUUGUGAGUAGACCAUCCAACCUCCUUGUUUUGCACAAGAAUGAGACUGCCAUCCAGUGACAAAAAAGACCAACACUCAAAAUGUCAAAGUUUUCAUUUGAGGCAAACUACCGUCCAGCAUACUCUCCACAAGAGAAAAAAAAACAUUUCAGUUUGAUCUUGAUCAAAACCCGUCAAACCAUCUUACCUGGAUGAAGAAAGUGAAAUCUUCCCAGCACUGCUGUGUCUGCUAAACAUUAAUACCUGUUUCAACCCCUCCUCUACCCCCACACCCUGUGUUUUAUACUCAACAUGUACUAACGGCUCUGACAUGAUUCUUGUCCUUGCUUUUUUAUAUAGUAUUAAUGAUAUACAUGUUAACACUGUUGAUUUACAAUUAAAUGAUUGUCACUUUA